AUGGGCGAUUCGCUGGAUAACACCGACACUUCGGUGGAUCCAGGUGUGAACCUGUCCAUUGCCAAUUACGACGCAUUUGCCAAUUAUCUUCGCAAGGCGGUGACCAUUCUGCUGCCCGACGAGGAUGUUGUGCCGGAUUCGUUGAAUAAUGCAUUGGACGAUCCCAUCAAUCAGGAGACUAUCCGCAAGUUCUUAUCCGAUCCUCAAGUGCAAGCGUUGUAUGUGCAGCGCAACUGCAUUAAAGAGGAUGAUACCGAACAACCGGCGGAAAGUGAGGAUGAGAAGGAGCAGGUGACUUAUCAAAUCAGCAAUGAUGUUCACUUCACCAAUAGCCGCAUGGCUUCGCUGGCUUGCAUUAAGCGUGGCGUUGUCGUCGAGGCGGACAAGUCUAUUCACUCGCAACUGCGUUUGAUCAACUUUUCGGAUGGUUCACCUUACGAAACCUUGCAUGCGUUCAUUAGCAAGUCGCUGGCACCGUACUUCAAGUCGUAUGUCAAGGAAUCGGGUCGUGCGGAUCGUGAUGGUGACAAGAUGGCACCAUCGGUGGAGAAGAAGUUGGCGGAACUGGAAAUGGGACUGUUGCACUUGCAGCAGAACAUUGACAUUCCAGAGAUUACGCUGACUGCGCAUCCAGUGGUGAAUCAGGUCAUACGCAAGUGUGCUGAUGAGAACCACAAGGCCAAGGUGGUUGAUUUUGGUGACAAGGUCGAGGACUCGUCGUUCCUUAAUCAGCUGCAGAACGGUGUCAAUCGUUGGAUUACUGAAAUCAAGAAAGUAACCAAGCUGAAUCGUGAUCCCGGCUCGGGCACCGCACUGCAGGAAAUCUCCUUCUGGCUGAAUCUGGAGCGCGCUUUGUACCGCAUUCAGGAGAAGCGUGAGUCGCCAGAAGUGGCUUUAACCCUGGACAUUCUUAAGCAUGGCAAACGUUUCCAUGCCACUGUUUCGUUUGAUACGGACACCGGCUUGAAACAAGCUCUGGCCACUGUUGCCGAUUACAAUCCGUUGAUGAAAGACUUCCCAAUUAACGAUCUGCUGUCGGCCACUGAGCUGGAGAAGAUUCGUCCAGCUGUACAGCAGAUUUUCUCGCAUUUGCGUAAAGUGCGCAACACCAAGUAUCCCAUUCAACGCUGUCUGAAGCUCAUCGAGGCCAUCUCGCGUGAUCUAUCGCAGCAGUUGUUGAAGGUGUUGGGCACACGUCGCCUCAUGCACAUUCCCUUUGAUGAAUUCGAGCGUGUGAUGAAUCAAUGCUUCGAGAUCUUCAGCUGCUGGGAUGAUGAGUACGACAAGCUGCAGGGCUUGCUUCGUGACAUUGUCAAGAAGAAGCGUGACGAGCAUCUGAAGAUGGUCUGGCGUGUGUCCCCAGCCCAUAAGAAGUUGCAGACACGCAUGGAGCAUAUGCGCAAGUUCAGGCGUCAGCAUGAACAGCUGCGCACUGUCAUCUUACGUGUGCUGAGACCCACUAAGCAGUCGGCCAAUGACGAUGGCAGUGUCGUGGAAAGCAAGCAGCCUUACAGUCUGGAUGCCGCUGAUGCCAAUGCCAUUGAGGAGGUCAACUUAGCCUACGAAAAUGUCAAGGAGGUUGAUUGCCUGGACAUUACCAAGGAGGGAUCCGAGGCUUGGGAGGCAGCUGUCAAGCGCUACGAGGAGAAGAUUGAUCGCGUGGAAACACGUAUCACGGCUCAUUUGCGUGACCAGCUGGGCACAGCCAAGAAUGCCAACGAGAUGUUCCGCAUCUUCUCGCGUUUCAAUGCGUUGUUUGUGCGUCCGCAUAUUCGUGGCGCCAUUCGCGAGUACCAAACGCAGUUGAUACAGCGCGUCAAGGACGAUAUCGAGGCGCUGCACGAGAAGUUCAAGGUGCAGUAUCCGCAGAGCAAGAGCUGUCGCCUCUCCUCGGUGCGCGAUCUGCCGCCAGUGGCAGGCUCCAUCAUCUGGGCUCGUCAGAUCGAUAACCAACUGACGAUGUAUCUAAAGCGUGUCGAAGAUGUGCUUGGCAAGGGGUGGGAAACGCAUAUCGAGGGCCAGAAACUGAAGGCCGAUGGCGAUAGUUUCCGCGCCAAGCUAUCCAUUUCUGAUGUGUUCCAUGAAUGGGCUCGCAAGGUGCAGGAGCGUAACUUUGGCAGCUCGGGACGCAUUUUCACCAUUGAAUCAACUCGUUCACGCAUUGGACGUGGCAAUGUUUUGCGUUUGCGUGUGAACUUCUUGCCAGAGAUCAUUACGUUGGCCAAGGAAGUGCGUAACAUCAAGAACUUGGGCUUCAGAGUUCCAUUAACUAUUGUCAACAAGGCUCAUCAGGCCAACCAGAUUUAUCCCUAUGCUAUUUCGCUCAUUGAAAGUGUGCGCACCUAUGAACGCACCUUGGAGAAGCUUAAUAAUAGGAGUCUAGCACUAAACUCAGUAUUCAAGAUUGAGGAUCGCGCCAGCAUUGUGCCACUCGUGGCUGGACUACGCAAAGAGGUGUUGAACCUUGUUUCCGAGGGCAUUGGCCUCAUCUGGGAGUCCUACAAACUGGAUCCCUAUGUGCUGCGUUUGUCUGAAUGCGUUACCCAGUUCCAGGAGAAGGUUGAUGACUUGCUAGUGGUGGAAGAACAGCUCGAUGUGGAUGUGCGUUCGUUGGAAACAUGUCCCUAUAGUGCAGCCACUUUUGUCGAGAUUCUCUCGAAGAUUCAGCAUGCUGUCGACGAUCUUUCGCUGCGUCAAUACUCUAAUCUCAGCGUUUGGGUAACACGCCUCGACGAGGAGGUUGAGAAGAAGCUGGCAUUGCGUCUGCAGGCUGGCAUUCAAGCCUGGACUGAAGCGCUCACUGGCAACAAGAAGGAGGUGGAUACCUCCAUGGACACCGAUGCUCCCACACAGCCCACGCACAAGUUGGGUGGCGAGCCGCAGAUUCAGAAUGCUGUGCAUGAGAUUCGCAUCACCAAUCAGCAGAUGUAUCUGUAUCCUUCCAUCGAGGAGGCACGCUUCCAGAUCAUGCAGCAGUUCUUUGCCUGGCAGGCCAUUGUCACAUCCCAGGUGCGUCUGCAGAGCACACGCUAUCAGGUGGGCUUGGAGAAGCCCGUCUCGCAGACUUAUCGCAAUCUGUUGACCAAGUUGCCCGACGGUAAGAUUCUGGAGAAUGCCUACGGUGCCAUCGAUCACAAGAUUAGCGAUGUGCGCAACUAUGUGGAUGAAUGGCUGCGUUACCAGAGUCUCUGGGAUCUGCAAGCCGACACUCUGUACGGUCGUUUGGGCGAGGAUGUGGACUUGUGGAUUAAGUGUCUGAAUGACAUUAAGCAAUCUCGCACCACCUUUGAUACGUCAGAUACACGUCGUGCUUAUGGCGCUAUCAUCAUUGACUACGCUAAGGUGCAGGCUAAGGUGACAUUGAAGUACGAUUCGUGGCACAAGGAGGCGUUGGGCAAGUUUGGCACUCUACUCGGAACCGAGAUGACAACGUUCCACGCUAAGGUGUCCAAGUCACGCACGGAUCUGGAGAUGCAGAGCAUUGAGGCGGCCAGCACAUCAGAUGCCGUCAGCUUCAUUACCUAUGUGCAGUCGCUGAAGAAGGACAUGAUUGCCUGGGACAAGCAGGUGGAGGUGUUCCGCGAGGCUCAGCGUAUACUGGAGCGCCAGCGUUUCCAGUUCCCCAACAACUGGUUGCAUGUGGACAACAUCGAGGGCGAAUGGUCUGCCUUUAAUGAGAUCAUCAAGCGCAAGGACACCGCCAUUCAAACUCAAGUGGCAAGUCUGCAGGCCAAGAUUGUGGCCGAGGACAAGGCCGUGGAGACGCGCACAGUUGAUUUCCUCAAUGAUUGGGAGAAAACCAAACCCACUGGCGGCAAGAUUCGUCCCGAUGAUGCGCUGCAGCAAUUGCAGAUCUUCGAGAGUAAAUACUCACGCCUCAAGGAAGAGCGUGACAAUGUGGCCAAGGCCAAGGAGGCACUCGAACUGCAAGAGUCUGCGGUGCCCAACAACAGUGCGGAGCGCAUGAAUGUCGCACUGGAGGAGCUGCAGGAUCUGCGUGGCGUCUGGAGCGAACUAUCGAAGGUCUGGACCCAGAUCGACGAGACACGCGAGAAGCCGUGGUUGUCAGUGCAGCCACGCAAGCUUCGUCAGCAAUUGGAGGCCAUGAUGGCACAGCUGAAGGAGCUGCCCGCUCGUCUGCGCAUGUACGAAUCUUACGAGUAUGUCAAGAAGCUCAUCCAGAGUUACAUCAAGGUGAACAUGCUGAUUGUCGAGCUCAAGUCGGACGCCUUAAAAGAGCGUCACUGGAAGCAGUUGACCAAGCAGUUGCGCGUCAACUGGGUCAUCUCCGAUCUGACUUUGGGUCAAGUGUGGGACGUGAAUCUGCAGAAGAACGAAGGCAUUGUAAAGGACAUCAUACUGGUGGCUCAAGGAGAAAUGGCGUUGGAGGAGUUCUUGAAGCAAGUGCGCGAAUCGUGGCAGAACUACGAACUGGAUUUGAUCAACUACCAGAACAAGUGCCGCAUCAUUCGUGGCUGGGACGAUCUCUUCAACAAGGUCAAAGAGCACAUCAACUCUGUGGCCGCCAUGAAGCUGUCGCCUUACUACAAGGUCUUCGAAGAGGAGGCUUUGACCUGGGAAGAGAAGCUGAAUCGUAUCAACGCUUUGUUCGAUGUGUGGAUUGAUGUGCAGCGUCGCUGGGUCUACCUCGAGGGCAUCUUCUCGGGCAGUGCCGACAUAAAGACACUGCUGCCCGUGGAGACUUCUCGUUUCCAGAGCAUCAGCUCCGAGUUCUUGGGCCUCAUGAAGAAGGUAACCAAGUCACCCAAGGUUAUGGAUGUGCUCAACAUUCCGGCCGUGCAGCGCUCGCUGGAACGUUUGGCCGAUCUGCUGGGCAAGAUUCAAAAGGCGCUCGGCGAGUACUUGGAACGCGAGCGUACAUCGUUCCCUCGCUUCUACUUCGUGGGAGACGAGGAUCUCCUGGAGAUCAUUGGCAACAGCAAGAACAUUGCUCGCUUGCAGAAGCAUUUCAAGAAGAUGUUCGCUGGCGUUGCUGCCAUUCUGCUGAACGAGGAGAACAAUGUUAUUCUGGGUAUUUCUUCGCGCGAAGGCGAGGAGGUGCACUUUAUCAAUCCCGUGUCCACGGUGGAGCAUCCCAAGAUCAACGAAUGGUUGUCGCUGGUCGAGAAGCAAAUGCGUUUCACACUCGCCUCGUUGCUGGCUCAAGCUGUGCAGGACAUUAAGCAGUUCCGCGAUGGCAAGAUCGACCCUCAGAAGUACAUGGAAUGGUGCGACAAAUACCAGGCACAAAUUGUUGUUCUGGCUGCUCAGAUUCUUUGGUCUGAGGAUGUGGAAGCUGCCUUGCAACAGGCAUCCGAGAGCAACAAUGCCAAGCCGAUGCAACGUGUGCUUGGCAAUGUGGAGAGCACCUUGAAUGUGCUGGCUGAUUCGGUGCUGCAGGAGCAGCCUCCAUUGCGUCGUCGCAAGCUGGAGCAUUUGAUCAAUGAGUUUGUGCACAAACGUACGGUUACCAGACGUCUGAUUACCAAUGGCGUCACCUCGCCCAAGUCCUUCCAGUGGCUGUGCGAGAUGCGAUUCUACUUUGAUCCUCGCCAGACGGAGGUGUUGCAACAACUGACCAUUCACAUGGCCAACGCACGCUUCUUCUAUGGCUUUGAGUAUUUGGGCGUACAGGAUCGUUUGGUGCAGACGCCGCUCACAGAUCGUUGCUAUUUGACCAUGACACAGGCGUUGGAGUCACGUUUGGGCGGUUCGCCAUUCGGUCCAGCCGGUACAGGUAAAACGGAAUCGGUGAAGGCGCUGGGCAAUCAAUUGGGUCGCUUUGUGCUCGUCUUCAAUUGCGAUGAGACAUUCGAUUUCCAGGCUAUGGGACGCAUCUUUGUCGGUCUCUGCCAGGUGGGCGCCUGGGGUUGCUUCGAUGAGUUCAAUCGUCUCGAGGAGCGCAUGUUGUCUGCUUGCUCGCAGCAAAUUCAGACCAUACAGGAGGCACUCAAAUAUGAGAUGGAUAGCAACAAGGAGAGUAUCACCGUGGAGUUGGUGGGCAAACAGGUGCGCGUCUCCCCAGAUAUGGCCAUCUUUAUUACCAUGAAUCCUGGUUACGCUGGUCGUUCCAAUCUGCCCGACAAUUUGAAGAAACUCUUCCGUUCGCUGGCCAUGACAACACCAGAUCGCCAGCUUAUCGCAGAAGUCAUGUUGUUCUCCCAGGGCUUCCGUUCGGCUGAGAAACUGGCCUGUAAGAUUGUACCCUUCUUCAAGCUCUGCGACGAGCAAUUGUCCAACCAAAGCCACUACGAUUUUGGUCUGCGUGCAUUGAAGUCUGUGCUCAUCUCUGCGGGCAAUGUGAAGCGUGAUCGCAUCAUGAAGAUCAAGGAGCAGAUGCGUCAACGUGGCGAGGAGAAUAUCGAUGAAGCUUCGGUGGCUGAGAAUCUGCCCGAGCAAGAGAUUCUCAUUCAAUCGGUGUGCGAGACAAUGGUGCCCAAGCUGGUGGCCGAAGAUAUACCUCUGCUCUUCUCGCUGCUCAGCGAUGUGUUCCCCAAUGUGGGUUACACGCGUGCCGAGAUGAAGGGCCUUAAGGAGGAGAUACGCAAGGUGUGCCAGGAGGAUUAUCUGGUGUGCGGCGAAGGCGACGAGCAAGGCGCCGCCUGGAUGGAGAAGGGACUCGGCUCCACUUGGGUCGACAAAGUUCUGCAACUCUACCAGAUCUCCAAUCUCAAUCAUGGUCUGAUGAUGGUGGGCCCCUCUGGCUCUGGCAAGUCCACUGCUUGGCGUACGCUGCUUAAGGCACUGGAACGAUUCGAGGGCGUUGAAGGUGUGGCUCAUGUCAUCGAUCCCAAGGCUAUUUCCAAGGAGGCACUUUAUGGUGUGCUUGAUCCCAAUACACGCGAGUGGACCGAUGGUCUCUUUACCCACAUUCUGCGCAAGAUUAUUGACAAUGUGCGUGGCGAGAUUAACAAGCGUCAAUGGAUCAUAUUUGAUGGUGAUGUCGAUCCCGAGUGGGUGGAGAAUCUUAACUCUGUGCUGGAUGACAACAAACUCUUGACGCUGCCCAAUGGUGAACGUCUUUCGCUGCCUCCCAAUGUGCGUGUCAUGUUCGAGGUGCAGGAUCUGAAGUUUGCCACCUUAGCUACAGUAUCUCGUUGUGGCAUGGUUUGGUUCUCGGAGGAUGUGCUCUCCACAGAGAUGAUCUUUGAGAAUUAUCUAUCGCGUCUGCGCAGCAUUCCUCUGGAGGAUGGCGACGAGGACUUUGUGGGCGUAAUGAAGCCCGCCAAGGAUAAGGAGGAGGAGGUUUCUCCAUCGUUGCAAGUGCAACGCGAUAUUGCGCUGCUGUUGCAGCCAUUCUUCUCAGCCGAUGGCAUUGUGGUGCGCACUUUGGAAUACGCCAUGGACCAGGAACAUAUCAUGGACUUUACACGCUUGCGUGCGCUUAGCUCGCUCUUCUCGAUGCUGAAUCAAUCGGCACGCAAUGUGCUGAACUUUAAUGCGCAACAUCCCGACUUUCCUUGCUCCGCUGAUCAGCUGGAGCACUACAUACCCAAGGCAUUGGUUUACUCCGUGCUCUGGUCAUUCGCUGGCGAUGCCAAGCUCAAGGUGCGCAUCGAUCUGGGUGACUUUGUGCGCAGUGUGACCACUGUGCCGUUGCCAGGUGCCGCUGGUGCACCAAUCAUUGAUUACGAGGUGAGCAUGAAUGGCGAAUGGGUGCCAUGGAGCAACAAGGUGCCAGUCAUUGAGGUGGAGACCCACAAGGUGGCCUCGCCGGAUAUUGUGGUGCCCACGCUGGACACUGUGCGUCACGAGUCACUGCUCUACACUUGGCUGGCGGAGCACAAACCAUUGGUGCUCUGCGGUCCACCUGGUUCUGGCAAGACCAUGACGCUCUUCUCGGCGCUGCGGGCGCUGCCCGACAUGGAAGUGGUUGGCCUCAAUUUCUCUUCGGCUACUACACCAGAGCUGCUACUCAAGACCUUCGAUCAUUACUGCGAGUACCGCAAGACACCCAACGGUGUGGUGCUAUCGCCUGUGCAGAUUGGCAAGUGGUUGGUGCUCUUCUGUGAUGAGAUCAAUUUGCCAGACAUGGAUUCGUAUGGCACACAGCGCGUCAUCUCGUUCUUGCGCCAGUUGGUCGAGCACAAGGGCUUCUACAGGGCCAGCGAUCAGGCUUGGGUUUCACUCGAGCGCAUUCAAUUCGUGGGCGCUUGUAAUCCACCCACAGAUCCUGGCCGUAAGCCACUCUCGCAUCGCUUCUUGCGUCAUGUGCCCAUCAUUUAUGUGGACUACCCCGGAGAGACUUCGCUCAAGCAGAUCUACGGAACCUUCUCGCGUGCUAUGCUGCGUCUGAUGCCCGCAUUGCGUGGCUAUGCCGAGCCUCUGACCAAUGCCAUGGUGGAGUUCUAUUUGGCAUCGCAGGAUCGCUUCACACAGGACAUGCAGCCGCAUUAUGUCUACUCACCACGUGAGAUGACAAGAUGGGUGCGCGGUAUCUGUGAAGCCAUUCGUCCGCUGGACUCGCUGCCAGUCGAAGGUCUGGUGCGUUUGUGGGCUCACGAGGCACUGCGUCUGUUCCAGGAUCGUUUGGUGGAUGAUACAGAGCGUCGCUGGACUAACGAGAAUAUUGAUUUGGUGGGACACAAGCACUUCCCAGGCAUCAAUCAAGAAGAGGCACUGCAACGUCCCAUUCUGUACAGUAACUGGCUGUCCAAGGAUUACAUGCCGGUGAAUCGCGAGGAGCUGCGCGACUAUGUGCGUGCUCGUCUCAAGGUAUUCUACGAGGAGGAGCUCGAUGUGCCAUUGGUGCUCUUCGACGAGGUGUUGGACCAUGUGCUGCGCAUUGAUCGUAUCUUCCGCCAGCCACAAGGUCAUUUGCUGCUCAUCGGUGUCUCUGGUGCCGGUAAAACGACGCUGUCUCGCUUCGUCGCCUGGAUGAAUGGUCUGUCCAUCUUCCAGAUUAAGGUGCACAACAAGUACACCAGCGAGGACUUCGAUGAGGAUCUCCGUUGUGUGCUGCGUCGUUCCGGUUGCAAGGAUGAGAAGAUUGCUUUCAUUUUGGAUGAAUCGAAUGUGUUGGACUCGGGCUUCCUCGAACGCAUGAAUACGCUGUUGGCCAACGGCGAAGUUCCUGGUCUUUUCGAGGGUGAUGAAUACACCACGUUGAUGACACAAUGUAAGGAAGGAGCUCAGCGCGAAGGACUUAUGCUGGACUCUAGCGAUGAGCUGUACAAAUGGUUCACGCAGCAGGUGAUGCGCAAUCUGCACGUUGUCUUCACCAUGAAUCCCUCAACCGAUGGCCUCAAGGAUCGUGCUGCAACAUCACCAGCUCUGUUCAAUCGUUGUGUGCUCAAUUGGUUCGGUGACUGGUCGGAUUCGGCAUUGUUCCAGGUGGGCAAAGAGUUCACCACACGCGUGGAUCUCGAGAAACCCAACUGGACGUCACCAGACUUCUUCCCAGCAGUCUGUCCGUUGGUCCCAGCCAAUCCCACGCAUCGCGAUGCUGUCAUCAACAGCUGCGUGUAUGUGCAUCAAACGUUGCACCAGGCCAACGCUCGCUUGGCCAAGCGUGGCGGACGCACCAUGGCGGUGACCCCACGUCAUUACUUGGACUUCAUCCAUCACUUUGUCAAGCUGUACAAUGAGAAGCGCAGCGAUCUGGAGGAGCAGCAGCUUCACUUGAAUGUGGGUCUCAAUAAGAUCGCCGAGACUGUGGAGCAGGUGGAGGAGAUGCAGAAAUCGUUGGCCGUUAAGAAGCAGGAACUGCAGGCCAAGAACGAGGCAGCCAAUGCCAAGCUGAAGCAAAUGUUCCAGGAUCAACAAGAGGCCGAGAAGAAGAAGAUUCAGUCGCAGGAGAUUCAAAUUCGUUUGGCCGAUCAAACCGUUAAGAUCGAAGAGAAGCGCAAGUACGUCAUGGCUGAUCUGGCUCAGGUGGAACCCGCUGUGAUUGAAGCACAACAAGCGGUGAAGUCAAUACGCAAACAGCAACUCGUUGAGGUUCGAACGAUGGCAAAUCCACCGUCAGUGGUUAAAUUGGCACUCGAGUCGAUCUGCCUACUGCUGGGCGAGAAUGCGACUGAUUGGAAAUCGAUCCGCGCUGUGAUAAUGCGUGAAAAUUUCAUUAAUUCUAUUGUAUCUAACUUCGGUACAGAGAACAUAACCGAUGAAGUUAGGGAGAAGAUGAAGUCAAAGUAUUUGAGCAAUCCCGACUAUAACUUCGAGAAGGUCAAUCGUGCCAGUAUGGCUUGCGGUCCUAUGGUUAAAUGGGCCAUUGCUCAGAUUGAAUACGCUGACAUGUUGAAGCGCGUGGAGCCGCUGCGUGAGGAACUGCGUUCGCUAGAGGAACAGGCCGAUGUCAACUUGCACAGCGCCAAGGAGACCAAGGAUUUGGUUGAGCAAUUGGAGCGCAGCAUUGCUGCCUACAAGGAGGAAUAUGCACAGCUCAUCUCACAGGCUCAGGCCAUCAAGACAGAUCUGGAGAAUGUCCAGGCCAAGGUGGACCGUUCGAUUGCUCUGCUUAAGAGCUUGAACAUUGAACGCGAACGUUGGGAGUCGACCAGCGAGACCUUCAAGUCGCAGAUGUCCACAAUUGUGGGCGAUGUGCUGCUUUCGGCUGCCUUCAUAGCCUAUGGUGGCUACUUUGAUCAGCAUUAUCGUCUCAAUCUGUUCACAACAUGGUCACAGCAUCUGCAAUCGGCAAGCAUUCAAUAUCGUGCGGAUAUUGCACGCACCGAGUAUCUGUCCAAUCCGGAUGAACGUCUGCGUUGGCAGGCAAAUGCAUUGCCUACUGAUGAUCUAUGCACGGAGAAUGCAAUUAUGCUGAAGCGUUUCAACCGCUACCCGUUGAUCAUUGAUCCAUCUGGCCAGGCAACGACGUUCCUGCUGAACGAGUAUGCGGGCAAGAAGAUCACCAAGACCUCGUUCUUGGACGAUUCGUUCCGCAAGAAUCUGGAAUCGGCGCUGCGUUUCGGUAAUCCAUUGCUGGUGCAAGAUGUGGAGAACUACGAUCCUAUUUUGAACCCUGUGCUGAAUCGCGAACUGCGUCGUACUGGCGGUCGUGUGCUCAUCACGUUGGGCGAUCAAGAUAUUGAUUUGUCGCCAUCGUUUGUCAUCUUCCUUUCGACACGUGAUCCCACUGUGGAGUUCCCGCCGGACAUCUGCUCCAGGGUGACCUUUGUCAACUUUACUGUGACACGCAGCUCGUUGCAAUCGCAGUGCUUGAACCAAGUGCUGAAGGCCGAACGUCCCGACAUUGAUGAGAAGCGUUCUGAUCUGCUGAAACUGCAAGGCGAGUUCCGUCUGCGACUGCGGCAGCUGGAGAAGAGUCUGUUGCAAGCGCUCAACGAUGCCAAGGGCAAGAUUCUGGACGACGAUUCGGUCAUCACAACGCUGGAGACGCUGAAGAAGGAAGCCUAUGAUAUUAAUCAGAAGGUGGAUGAAACCGACAAGGUCAUUGCCGAGAUCGAGACGGUAUCGCAACAAUAUUUGCCGCUGUCGGUGGCUUGCAGCAACAUGUACUUCACCAUGGAUAGCUUGAACCAGGUGCACUUCCUCUACCAGUACUCGCUGAAGAUGUUCCUCGAUAUCUUCUCCACAGUGCUGUACAACAAUCCACGACUCGAGGGACGCAGCGAUCAUUCGGAGCGUCUGGGCAUUGUCACCAAGGAUCUGUUCCAGGUGUGCUACGAGCGCGUGGCACGCGGCAUGUUGCACAACGAUCGUCUGACCUUUGCGCUGCUCAUGUGCAAGAUUCAUCUGAAGGGCACCAGCGAAUCGAAUCUCGAUGCCGAGUUCAACUUCUUCUUGCGCAGUCGCGAAGGUCUGUUGGCCAAUCCGACACACGUGGAAGGACUCAGCGGCGAGCAGAUCGAGGGCGUCAAUAGGCUGGCUACACGUCUGCCCAUCUUCCGCAAGCUGGUGGAGAAAGUGCGCUCCAUGCCGGAGCUGGGCGCCUGGUUGCAGCAGAGCUCUCCCGAGCAAUGCGUGCCACAGCUGUGGGACGAAUCGAAGGCGCUGAGCGCCAUUGCUAGCUCCGUGCACCAGUUGCUGUUGAUCCAGGCCUUCCGACCGGAUCGUGUCAUUGCCGCUGCUCACAAUGUUGUCAACACAGUGUUGGGCGUGGACUUUAUGCCCAAUGCCGAGCAGGAGCUGGACUUUACUGCUGUUGUGGACAAGCAGUUGAACUGCAACACACCCGCUUUGCUGUGCUCCGUGCCCGGUUUUGAUGCCUCUGGCCGUGUGGAUGAUUUGGCUGCCGAGCAGAACAAGCAAAUCUCCAGCAUUGCCAUCGGUUCUGCCGAGGGCUUCAACCAGGCAGAGCGUGCCAUUAAUAUGGCCUGCAAGAGCGGUCGCUGGGUGCUGCUGAAGAACGUGCAUCUGGCGCCACAGUGGCUCGUGCAGCUGGAGAAGAAAAUGCACUCGUUGCAGCCACAUUCAGGCUUCCGUCUCUUCCUCACCAUGGAGAUCAAUCCUAAGGUGCCCGUCAACCUGUUACGUGCUGGUCGCAUCUUUGUCUUUGAGCCACCGCCAGGCAUUCGCGCCAACUUGCUGCGCACCUUCUCCACGGUUCCGGCAGCACGCAUGAUGAAGACACCAAGCGAGCGUGCUCGUCUCUACUUCCUGCUGGCCUGGUUCCAUGCCAUCGUCCAGGAGAGAUUGCGCUAUGUGCCCUUGGGUUGGGCCAAGAAGUACGAGUUUAAUGAGUCGGAUCUUCGUGUGGCUUGCGACACGCUGGACACCUGGAUCGAUACAACGGCCAUGGGACGCACUAAUUUGCCACCGGAGAAGGUGCCAUGGGAUGCACUCGUUACGCUGCUCUCACAAUCCAUUUAUGGCGGCAAGAUCGACAAUGAUUUCGAUCAACGGUUGCUCCAAUCGUUCCUGAAGAAACUUUUCACGGCGCGCAGCUUCGAAGCGGACUUUGCGCUGGUGGCCAAUGUGGAUGGCGCCUCGGGAGGAUUGCGUCACAUCACCAUGCCGGAUGGCACACGUCGCGAUCACUUCCUCAAGUGGAUCGAGAACCUCACGGAUCGUCAGACGCCUUCAUGGCUGGGAUUGCCCAACAAUGCGGAGAAGGUGUUGCUCACCACUCGCGGAACGGAUCUGGUGAGCAAGCUGCUCAAGAUGCAGCAGCUGGAGGAUGACGAUGAGUUGGCCUACAGCGUCGAGGAACAGUCCGAGCAGUCGGCAUUGGCUGUGGGACGCGGCGAGGACGGUCGUCCGUCCUGGAUGAAGACACUGCACAACUCGGCCACCGCUUGGCUCGAGCUGCUGCCCAAGAACCUGCAAGUGCUCAAGCGCACUGUGGAGAACAUCAAGGAUCCACUUUAUCGCUACUUUGAGCGUGAAGUUACCAGCGGAGCUCGUCUGCUGCAGACCGUCAUCUCGGAUCUGCAGGAUGUGGUGUUGAUUUGCCAGGGCGAGAAGAAGCAAACGAACCAUCAUCGUUCCAUGCUGUCUGAGCUGGUACGUGGCAUUAUUCCCAAGGGCUGGAAGCGUUACACUGUCCCAGUGGGCUGCACUGUCAUCCAGUGGAUCACGGACUUCAGCACUCGUGUGCAGCAGUUGCAGAAGGUGUCGCAGCUGGUGUCGCAGGCCGGUGCAAAGGAGCUGCAAGGCUUCCCCGUCUGGCUGGGUGGAUUGCUCAACCCCGAGGCCUACAUCACGGCCACCAGGCAAUGCGUAGCUCAAGCUAAUAGCUGGUCUCUGGAGGAGCUUGCUUUGGACGUCACCAUCACGGAUGCUGGACUCAAGACGGAUCAGAAGGACAGCAGCUUUGGCGUCACCGGCCUGAAGUUGCAGGGUGCGCAGUGCAAGAACAACGAACUGCUGUUGGCAUCCACGAUUAUGAUGGAUCUGCCAUUGACCAUCCUCAAGUGGGUCAAAAUAUCUUCGGAGCCAAGAGUCAGCAAGCUCACGUUGCCUGUUUACUUGAACUCCACGCGCACAGAGCUGCUCUUCACCGUGGAUUUGGCUGUUGCCGCUGGCCAGGAUUCGCACAGCUUCUAUGAGCGCGGCGUGGCCGUGUUGACUUCCACAGCAUUGAACUAAGUUCCCACUUAUACUUAAUC